AGAUACAUCAUGCGUGCGCUGAAUAUAUCCCUCACUCCCGAUAUUCGAAAGCAGGAUGUCGACGCAGCUUUGGCGUCUAUUUACAAGUCUAGUCGUAUAGGAUUGGACGUAAUGUUAGACUUCUUGAUAGAUAAUUUCGAAAAUGUUUAUAAAUAUUAUGGCGAAUGGGAUAGUGUUGGAACUUUAUUCUCUAAAGUAGUAUCCCGUAUUUCCACUGUGCAACAGUUGGUUAAGAUUAAAAUAUUCAUGCAAUCUAGGCGAGAAAGUCUGAAGAACAUUUCAUCCAAACUUAACAAAGCUGUUGCGUCCGCGGAAGAGAAAUACGAUUGGUACAUGAUGAAGGAACCCACUAUCACUUCUUACUUAACCAGUAGACAGUGGAACGAAGAGAAAAAUAGUGGAACUAUUCCGAAUACCUUCAGUGUAGUAUCGAUAACAAUAUUUACAAUAUUCGCGUACAUGUUAAGUUGAUAGGUAUUGCACAAACGCAUAAAUAAUAUAGAGCUACUGGAAAGAUGUCAUUAUAAAUACAAAUAUAUUUUUUAUAGAAUUUUAAUAUUGUAUAAUGUAGAAAAUUACAGUAUUUUUGUAUUGUAAAGUAUGAUAAUGUAUAAUUUUAUAAACAUACCAGAUCAAAAUUCUGCAAAUACAUUCACUUUUGUCGCCAAUCGAAUGGAAAGAUGUUAUUCAUCUAAAUAUCAUAAUUGUUAUUCGAAUUUAUUGAAAAGUUUUAUAUCGAGAGUAAUCCAUAAGAUAACGUAUCUCUGAAAUGCUUGAUUGAAGAAAUAUCGCGA